GACAUCACUUCGUCCUCACAAUGCGAAACACGAACGCGGAAGUGAGGGGUUGAUGGAUAAACAGUCCAAUGAAAGUUACUCAAACGUACCAAAACGGUAGAGCUUGCGAGGUCACGUUUCUCGCCUCUGACUGCUCCACGGAUGAUAGCAUAUAACAUAAGAGACGCUGCAAAGCACAAGAGCUAAAAGGCCAGAACAAUGAAGACCAAUCGCCUCGUCUUCGCAGCAAUCGCAGCUUGUCUAAGUCUUGUCUCCUCCACCUUCGCUUGGCAACGAGGGAGCUCAGGAUGCCAUAAACCACUCCCUGAGGUCCUCACCCCCGGCGGUCCUUCCAAGAACCUCACACUAGAUUCGAAGUCGCAAAUUGGUACUAUAGUAACCCGUCGAUUCCUUACAUACCUACCAGAGAACUACUCAAAGAAGAAUCGCGACGUCGCUCCAUUGAUUCUAGCCUUCCACGGCCAGACCCAGCCAACAUGGAGCAUGGAGAACAUCACUGCUCUGUCCACACCCUACUUCAAUAGAGAUGCUAUUGUAGUCUAUCCAGAGGGGUUGAACUACAAGUCUCCCGGACAACAAUGGCUCGGCGACCCCGAAGCGCCUCCGUCCUCUGUGGUCGACGACCGCAUCUUUGUAGAAGAGCUUCUCGACUACCUCACUUCGACUUUCUGUGUCGACGAAUCGCGCAUUUACGCCACUGGGCUUUCGAACGGAGGCGGUCUGACGAAUCUACUAGCCUGCACACCAGCCCUCAACCGCCGCAUCGCCGCCUUCGCAGCUGUAGCGGCGGCUUUCUACACAGAUGCAUCACUCACAGAACCGCUCUUCGGCGCAGGCUGCGACCCCCAUCUCUCGUACGGCCGCAAGAUCCCCAUAAUGGAAAUGCAUGGCCUCAACGACUCCAUCAUCGCAUACGAUGGCGACAACACCCCAGCUCCGAAUACGAUCCCGCUCCCUGAAUGGGUCGCCGCCUGGGUCGAGAAAGAAGGCUGCGGGGACAGGGAACCAAAAGUGGACAUCUUAGACGGCGGGAACGUGACGAAGAGUAGCUGGAGCUGCGGAGGUUGGAAGGAUGUCUUCGUGCAUUAUCGGAUUGAUAAGUUUGGGCAUGGGUGGCCUAGUACGGUGUGGCAGGGCGAGCCUUUUGAGAAUUUGAGGCUGGGUCCUACGAUGUGGAAUGCUACGAGUGUUAUCUUGGAGUGGUUUGGGAGGUGGAAGUUGGAGCCGGUGAGGGAGUUGAAGUAGGAAGUAGGGUGUUGAAUCGCGAUGUCGUACCGCAGGGUGCCGUAGGAGAGGGCGGUUUGUGAGCGCGAUUACGGGUCGCUCACACACCAAGCGCAGUACACCGAACGCAGCAGGAGGACUAUUAGAGACUGCGGGGUGCCGGAGUCUGGUAUUGCUCCCUUGCUUUAUGCCGUCUCACGCGACCGGUCGCAAGUAAAGCAUGCAAUUCCCUGCUGUCUCACAUCUCUUCCAUGCUCUCGAUCCACUCGGAGAAAUCCAUAGGAUGGCUGGGCCGCGGGGCGAGAAUAUUAGUGAAACCGCGUUCUCGUGAUGCGGGCGUUGGUGUUGACGCGGCUAUCACCCCAGCAACCAUCUUCCCAAAAUAAACCACGCGAGCCCACUGAUUGACCACCAGGCCGCCCGCUACAUCUGUCUCGACCUUAUCUCCAACAUUGUAUCACUUCCUCUCGAGCCCAUUA